AUGUCUGAGCUGGCGGUGAACUUUGGCCAUAUGCCGCUCGAAAUCCACUUGGCAGCGAAUUGGGAAAUCAGUGAUAUAAAAAGCUGGUUAUUCAAUGUCACAAGGGAUGAAAAGUAUAGAAUUUUCUGGGAUGAAUUCUUCGAAAAUCACUUCCAGGUCCUCAAACCCGAUUCCGGGGCUAGUGGAAAACCAGAUCAACCUGCAGGAAAAUCACUACGACUCAAGCACGAGCCCGAUGGAACACCCAUGUUAGACCCGAUUGAGUUCACCAUAUUGUAUGGCCAUGGGAUGACUGUUAAGAUGUAUUCUUCCUGGGACGCCCUUGCCGUAAUUUUGAACUGUGAACUCCCGCCUUACGACCCCACUGUUGGGCCCGCUAAAGGAUACGCCUUUUCCAUCCUUACCCUGCUCGCGAGAUGGUCAAUGUUAAUGGGUGAUUGUCUCACACCCAAUAAACACUUUCCUCCGGUUUUCUGCGUCUCUUAUACAGAAAUCCAAAGCGACUCGACCCCAGACACCAGCCAAAAAAAAAUGAUCUUUCUACUCAGCACUGGAAAAGCACUAGAUUUAGCAUUUGGCGACGAGCGUACUCGUGUGACCAAGAUGUUAUUAGAUGCGAGAAGGGAUCAAGCGCUUCCCCGAAACCUCUUUGAUGCAGAAGAUAAUCCGCUUGCAAGUCAAGUGCUGCUGAAAGGUCUACUACCACAAACUCUUGACGACCUCCGAGCCCAGGUCAAGAAUUAUUGUGCAUGUUCACCAAAGUCACCAAAGCCGAUAACUGGAAGAACGGUAGAUGAAUUCUGCAAUAAAUGGCCAUCGGAUCUUGGUUACAACAAGUGUAACAAUCUUAUAGGGUCCUGUGCAGAGACAUGGGGAUUUCAAUUCAUGUUGCAACUUCUUGGUUCCGGUGGUCGCUAUUACUCUAUUGCUUUGGGGCAGGACAAGAAGAAGCUGAACCGCAUCAAACUCAGUCCAGGGUACAAAUACUCAAGCGAACCCAAAAUUACAACCAAAGGAAUUUGCAACACCUGCUUCUAUGUGGCAUGCGCUAUCAAAGCCAAGCGUAAUAUUACAAUGGACGAAAUUAAGGACAUUACCGACAUCUUCUUGGACGUCGCAGAUUCGAACCCUGUCCCGACCACAUUACAAGAUGAUGGAUCGGCCAGGGACCAAGAGGUGUUACCAAACCUACCAAGGGAGCGAGAAAGCGAUACCACCGAGCCUAAAACCUAUGGAAUAUCAAGACGCCGGGGCGGUUUUUUAGGGCGCUAUUUCUCAUCGAUCUAA